AUUUUAAUAUAAAUUUCGUCUUUGUUUGUUAUUAGGUUGAAGAUCGAGGAAACAAGAAUGAGGAUUGAUGUUUCUGAGCCAGAGCUAUGCGGUUGCGCCACUUGUGUCCAGCAUCGGACUUUCAUUACUCAAGAAACCGAGCCGAGCAAAGAAGUGAUUGGCUCAUCGGUUCCUGUUAGUUCCGAACCAGUUCAACCUCUUGGUUCCACCUCAGAUCAGAGUUCCGGAACGGAGGAGACUCCACUCGCUCCUCCUCCUCCUCCAGUCACCACGUCGGUUAAUACUGAACCACCAGCACAGUCUGUUGGCUCAACCAUCCCACCUGCUGUUACACCAGUUAGUUCCGAACAACCAGCACAAGCUCUUGGUUCCACCUCGGAUCAAAGUUCCGGAACAGACACGACUCCACUCGCUCCUCCUAUCACCACGUCGGUUAAGUCUGUUGACUCGACCAUCUUCUUCAAGUUCCCACCGGUACAAGCACAAGCUCUUGCCCCUACUGCUUCCGGUUCAACGCAAGCCCCUGCUUUUGGUUUUGGUGCAUUCGCUGCUCGCGUACCAUCUGCCACCUCCGGUUGUUCAGCAUUUAGUUUCGCCCCUCCUGUUACAUCGGCACCAGUGCAAGCUCUAGGCACAACCACUACUACUACUACUACAUCCGCGGCCGCUCCUGCAUCUCCAUUUCACAGUCCCUCACCAACCACAUUCCAAUUCCCUCCUGCUUCUACUUUUGCUUCUGUUGCAUCAUCAACUUCAUCUCCAUUUGAUGCUCCUCCCUCACCAUUUAGAUGGGGAUCACUGCAAGCUAAUGGACCCAACACAUCCCCACCCUUUAGCUUCUUGCCAGCGCAAGGUUCUGACAAGACUGGUUCUGCUUUUACUCCAUCGUUUGGCUACCCUGGUGGUUUUGCCAGACCUGAUGUUGGUGUCUCUCAUCCAGGGUUUGGUCCCUCUAACCAUUUCGGACCAAACGCACCAACUACUACACCAGUUCCUGCUCGUAGUACGUUUUUGGCUAGUGGUGGUGGAACUGAACAAGGCAGUAGGUAUCCUCGUUAUGCACCUACACCAGAUGUUGACGGCAGGCUGAUAAUGUCCAUAUCUGCUUCCAACUCACAUGGACAUAAAAGUCAUGAAGAAUUGAGGUGGGAAGAUUACAAAAAUGGAGACAAAGGUGGGUUUGGGUGGUUUCCUCCUCCUGCUCAUACAUCUCCCUUUUCCUCACCAACGGUAUCACCGUCGCUAUUUGCUCCUCCAAGCUUACCUAAUCGUCCUCAGAUGAGAACUAUUGAUCUAACGAACCGAGACAUGUGUGGUUUUCCUAUUGGCUACAACACCCCCGCUGCUUUCCAGAGACCCCAUGAACCCGCUGGUGUUUCUUCCCCAGCAUCUGGAUGCACAGCGUGUGGAGCCAUUAGUAGCUCCUCUCCUUCUGGUCACACUGGCUUUAGUUUUGCUACAAAUCUUCCAUCGGCUGCGACAUCUCUUCCCGGGUUGUUCUUAUCUACCUAUGGUUCUUGUCCUUUGCUGUUUGGCUCACCAAAUCUUGCAGCUUAUGGUACAACAGCAAUUCCAGCAGUCCAAGCCUAUGCUAUUAUGUUUGGGACACCAAAUCUUGGAGCUCAAGGUACAACGGCAACUCCAGCUUUUCAAGCCUAUCCUAUUAUGUUUGGGACUCCAAAUCUUGCUGCUCAAGGUACUACAAGAGCUCCAGCUGUUCAAGCUACUUAUCCUACGAUGUUUGGCACACCGAAUAUUGGAGCUCGAGGUACAACUCCAGCAGCUCAGCCCUAUCCUACGGUGUUUGGCACACCAAACCUUGCUGCUCAAGGCACAACAACAACUCCAGCAGGUCAGCCAUAUCCUACGAUGUUUGGUGUUACUCAAGCUGCUACAGCUCCAGCAGUUCAGCCGUAUGCUAUGAUGUUUGGUACACCAAGUCUCGGAGCUCAAGGUAUAACUCCAGGAGGUCAAGCCUAUCCCGCUCGUGGUUUAACUCUCCCAUUCGCCGCCAUGAGUCUGCAGUAAUUGCUCCUCGCUCUGCAUCAAACUCGUGUCUUUUAUCUUGUAGUUCAAAUGUCUUUGUUUUUCGUUAAAGAGUCAUAAACCAAGCGUCGUCCAACUUUGUGAUUUUCAGCUAUCAUGGAUGUAAACAAGUCUCGUGUCUUUUAUCUUUUAGUUCUAAUAUUUCUCGGUAAACUCACUGCUCAAAAUAA